AUGGCACUCAUAUCAGCCUACACCAUUAUACGUGCGAUCUCGCUUUUCCACAUGACCGCGGCCUACUUCUUCCUCGUAACGCCGAAGACCAUUGUUGACCAGAACGUUGUCUUCAUCCUUGGCGAAGCCAUGAAGCUGCCCCAUGUUACUUCCAUGGACAAACCCAGCGAAGGAUCUGCCUUCAUAGCGGUCAUUCUCGCGCUGCUUGGCGUCUCAGAUCUUACUGCUGCGAAUAUGACGGAGGAGGUAGCGCUUCAGUAUUGGCUUGCAAACGUGCCAGUGCGCCUCUGUUUCUUCUUCGUGAUCUCGGGUUACGCCUACUUGUUCAAGGAAGGUGGCACUUUUGGUUCCAAGCAAGCAUAUGGAGACAGUGUCGGCGAACCUUUGCAGAACAGUCUCGUCUUCGCCUGGGGCUUCCUAGAACUAGCUGCUUGGUUCUGGAUCUUCACAAGCUUGCGGGAGGAGCGACGUCAACUUCAGCAACGCCAUCUAGAUCACCUAAAGGCAGAGCAGGACAGUCUCUAG